AUGACGAGAGUAGUAGUUUCCAAAAAGAUGAUGAUACCAACAUGGAUCGUCAUCUUUUCGUUCCUACUAUCCCUACUCUGUUCUCCUGCCUCUGCUUCCUUUGCAGUGGUCGAGACUUUGGAAGCCGAGGAAGCGGUGUUGAACAAUGUCGAGCUAACGACUCAACACAAUGGGUACAAUGGAAAUGCCUACGCGGAUUUCCGAGGCCUCGGUGCUCACAUGGCAUGGCAACUACAGGUUCCAACUUCGGGACAGUACAAGAUUUCGAUUCGCUAUGCCAGCGCCGACUCUCGUCCCAUUGAUCUGCUCGUCGAUGACGUCAAGACGGGCACCUUUGCGAUUACCGAAACCAGUCGUUGGAACAUUUGGUACACGGAAACUGUCACGGUCUUUCUCAAUCAAGGUACUCGACAACUCAAGUUGCUUGCAUCCGAAAGCAAGGGCCCGAAUGUCGAUCGAAUGAUGUUGGAAUUGUCCAAUGAUACUACUGGUGUACCUCCUCCAAGCAACUCGAACAGUAAUAAUCAGAUUUACGAAGCCGAAGAUGCCCGAUUCAACAAGGUCAAAAUCCUGAGCCGCCACGAUGGAUUUCAAGGCGAUGGAUACGCAGACUUUUCCGGACAAGGGGCCUAUGUCGAAUGGACUGUGGACGUUCCAGCCUCUGGUACCUACAUGAUUACUACUCGCUAUGCCAGCGGAAACUCUCGUCCAUUGGAUGUCAUUGUCGAUGGUCAAAAGGUCGAUGGUCUUGCUAUUGCUGGCACGGGUGGUUGGAGCAAUUGGUUUACCGAAGAUGCCGAAGUAUUCAUGACGCAAGGAACCCAUACCAUUCGACUUUUGGCUUCGUCAAGCACUGGUCCAAACAUUGAUUACAUUGAAGUGAUUGCAUCCGAGAUUAUGGAAAUCCCUCUGACUGAUCCACCGGUGGCGAGUCCCACCGUGGUGGUGAACGCACCCACUGCCACACUGAGUACUGUGUUUUAUCAGCCAGAAGAUGCAGAAUCCAAUGCCGUUGUCAUUCAAGACAACAAUGAUGGGUACGAAGAUAACAAUGGAUUUGCCGACUACCUUGGGAAUGGUUCCUACUUGAAAUGGACGGUUCAAGCACCAGUGUCUGCCACCUAUGAAGUCGAGUGCCGAUACUCUGCCCGAGUUGCAAGGCCUGCAUUUUUGGUGGUCGAUGGCCAAGAAAUUGAUGAAUUUGCCUUUUCCAAGACCAACUCGUGGGACAAUUGGGCCAUCGAGUCGAAAGAAUUGUACUUGAGUGCUGGAAGCCAUACGAUUAUGAUACUUGCUGACCAAUCGACUGGUCCCAAUCUUGAUUGGAUGUCGCUACGUCCCAAGACUACGCUUCCACCCACCACACCGCAACCGACUCCUGGACCCACACCAGGUCCGACUCGCCAACCUACUCCGCCACCAACAAGGCCUCCCACCAGAAGUCCUACCAGGAUGCCGACCAAGAAUCCAACACCAAGACCCACUGCUUUUGGAUUUAGCAAAUACCAGCCAGAAGAUGCCAAAGCUAGCGACGUUGAAAUUGUAUUCGAUCAAGACAACUACGAAGACAACAAUGGAUAUGCUGACUUUUUGGGAACGGGUUCCUAUUUGCUGUGGUCCAUCACGGCUCCGAUUUCUACCUACUAUGAGAUUACCAUUCGAUAUUCUUCCAAGAAUUCUCGCUCAUUGGAUCUAAUGGUUGAUGGGGACUUUGCCGAUGAGUUUACCAUUCCUGCUACCAGUUCCUGGGACGAUUGGGAUGUCGAAUCCAAACAAGUCUAUCUAUCUGCCGGAGAUCACGGAAUUAUGCUCAUGGCAGUAGCAAGCACUGGUCCAAACGUUGAUUGGAUGUCAAUACGAGCAAUGACCUCCAUGCCUGUAGGAGUGCCACCACCUCCACCACCACCCACACCACCACCGACCAGGCCACCAACUCCAGGUCCAUCACCGGGACCAACCAGGCCACCCACCCGUCCACCAACAAGACCUCCCACCAGACCCCCAACCAAGGCACCAGUGAAUGUCAGACAGCCUACGGUUUUGCCUCCAUCUGACUUUGGUGCUGUCACGGUCUUGAGCACGGGACAACGACUUGAGCGAGGAGAGUUUGUGUCGUCUCCAUCCGGAGCUUACAAGGUUGGAAUUACCAAUGGUGGCAAUUUUGUAAUGCAAGAUCGCCAAUCUCGAACCCUCUUUGAAUCAGGCACUAGUGAUGGCUACCGUUUGUUCAUGCAAAGUGAUGGCAACAUGAUCUUGCGGUCGCAAGGUGGUGGUGCUCGAUGGGUCAGCAGAACGUACGAUAAUCGUGGGGCAUCGUUUACUCUUGACGAUGGUGGUCAAAUGUCGAUUGUUUCUGCCAUUCAUGGUGCAGUUGUAUGGCUUGCUGGAGAACCUCGAGGAAUCUACAAUGGCCCUCCCAACAGCGGUGUCGCCUAUCCAGCUCGCGGAAUCUUUUACUAUCCGUGGUAUCCACAAACAUGGACGGUGAAUGGACAGCUUGCACACUACGAGCCUAGCAUUGGGUACUACAGUUCGAGCGAUCCUUUUGUUGUGGAAAACCAUUUGGAUUCUUUGGACUAUGCCAAAAUUGAUGUCAGUAUUGCCAGUUGGUGGGGAAUUGAUACCAACUUGGAACGAGCUAGACUGUUGCUUCGCAUGGAUCGCACCAUUGAGAGAGGUCUGGAUUUGAAGUGGACCAUUUACUACGAAGAUGAAAUGGCACUUGACCCUUCCCCGGCUCAACUCCGUGAAGACUUGGAAUACUUGAAGAAAUGGUUUGCUUGGCAUCCUGCCUGGGCACACGUUGAUGGAAAGCCUGUCAUCUUUAUUUGGAAUGAAGCUCAGUGCGAAGUCGUCCGACGCUGGAUGGAGGCUAGCAAUGGAGAGUGGUAUGUCAUUACCAAACUCUUUGGUAACUAUCGAGAAUGUCCAGUUCAGCCGGACCAUUGGCAUCAGUACGGUAUCGGUGAUGGCACUCUUGAAUACGAAGGUGUUUCAUUCACUAUUGGGCCUGGAUUCUGGAGAGCUGACAAGCCUACGCCCAAGAAACCUCGCGUGAGCAAGGACGUAUGGUGUUCCUUUGUCCAAGAUAUGGCCAGCAGUGGUCAACCAUGGCAAUUGAUUGUGUCCUUCAACGAAGCUGGAGAAGGUACCAUGAUUGAAUCCUCUCCUAGCUGGGCUAGUUCCUCUGGCUACGGGGAUUUCUUGGAUUGUCUUCACGAUUAUCCAACUCUCUAG